AUGGAAAGUAUUUUAUAUAACCAACUAUAUGAGUAUUUGUCGCUAAACAACCUCCUCUCAGAACAUCAGUUUGGUUUCCAAAAGUUUCACUCGACUGCGUCAGCAUUACUUGACUGCACAAAUGAUUGGUAUUUAAACAUGGAUCGAAAAUUGUUUAAUUUGGUUGUAUUCAUAGACUUAAAAAAAGCAUUCGACACUGUUAACCACGACAUCCUAAUGGAAAAGCUAUUACUAUUUGGAAUUACGGGCAGUGCAUUUCAACUCCUAACAUCAUAUUUAUCCAAUCGUACCCAAAAAUGUAAAAUGAACGGCUCUACUUCUAAAGAAAAUAUUGUAAAAUGUGGCGUACCCCAAGGCUCAAUGUUAGGACCAUUAUUCUUUCUGCUAUAUAUUAACGAUCUAUCAUCUUGUCUAAAUGAAACUAGAACCCGGAUGUUUGCAGACGACACAAAUAUUACAGCAUCCGGAAAUUGCAUGAAUGAUAUUGAAUCUGCAGUAAAUUCGGAUUUAGAAAGACUUCGAAAGUGCCUUAUGGCAAAUAAACUGAGCUUAAACGUAGCGAACACUGAAUUUCAAUUAAUUGGCACUAAACAUAUGCUUAAAAAAGUUUGUGAUUACUAG